AUGGCAGGAAAACAGCCGCCUGCAGUGACGCCCACCCGCACCAAACGAGAGUCACGAUCGCGGAAAGGAUGUCCAGAGUGCAGGAGCCGCAAGAUUAAAUGCGAUGAACAGAAGCCGGAAUGCGGGCAGUGCCUCAAGACUGGCCGGUCGUGCCGGAUCUUGGAUAGCCUCUUUAAACCGCACUCGUACUCGUUUAUGGUGACGCCGACCAAGGGAAGUUCGCCUGUUGAAGCUCAGAAAUCGGCCGGACAAGGAAAUGGUCCUGAUGCGAGAUCGCGGGAUAGUGCUUCACAUAACGACCCUAUAAAUCCGACGGAGAAGGCAAAUACUUUUGAAUGGCCAAUAGAUUCACCAAACAGAGAAAAUAGCCCUGUUACAACAAUUGCUUCGUCGACCAAUAUUCAGCAGGAACGGAAAGAGGAUUCAACUGCGGACUCCGCAGCCAUGAGAGAACACCCUAAAACCCCGUUGGCAGCAGUUUCGAGCAGUGAACAUCUGUACUCCCCAGCAGUGCCACACGGGAGCCCUUACAGCAUCCCGACCGCUCAUGAUGAAGAUAGCUACCAAGAUCGCUGCGAGAUCGCAUUCUUCCUGCGCCACUUCUCCGAAGGCCCCGGGCAAUGGAUGGACAUAUGCGGAGGCAAAUCAUAUUUCAGCCAAAAUGCCGUCGUACUCGCACACUGGAAUCCGCUUGUACGUUAUGCUGCCUGUGCUUUAGGGGCCAAACAGCUAGGCCAGACAAGGCAUCCAGAAUCCCAGAUCCGGCAGACAAAGACACAAAGCUUGAUGAUGAAGGCGCUUAUUGAUACCAGAUUGGGGUUCACGUGGUACGGAGCGAAGUAUUAUGAGAAGGCGAUCAAGCUACUAGCCAACCACAUCUCGAACAAGGACCAGUCAUACUCACUAUCGCCGAAUUAUGUUUAUGGAUUGGGCUUGACUCCACAGAGUGUUGACCACAAUUCUACCCGCGAGCAGGAUGAGGAUGAAUUCCCUUAUCUUAUUAUAGCAGCCUGCAUCCUGUGUCAGUACGAGGAUGUCAACUCUACCAUACGUGCGUGGUCGGGGCACCUGGAUGGUAUCUUUCGACUGCUUCGACCGCACCUCACGGAACCAGGAUGCUUUGAAGUUGCUAGUAGGAUCCCACAGCCGGCGAGGGCACUGGACGCUGUUUUCUGGUUUGUCGUCAUCAACGACAUGUUGGAUGCCUUUGUUACGCGGAGUAAAACUCGAAUCGACCCCGACGACAUAUCUGUCUGGCGCAAUAUGGGCCUCCCGCUAGACAGUGAUGGGCAUUUCAAGCCUGAGUUAUCUGGAGAAGCGCAGUUGGAAAUUAUCCUAUUCAAAGCACUAGUUAGGAUGAUGUGCCAACUAAUGAAUUCCGAGCCUGGUGAUAUCACCCAGUGGACCAGAAUGAACGAAGAGUUCGACCGCUGGCAAAAUGCAGUUCCGCCAUCUUUCUAUAUACCCAUCGCAUGGCCACCUGUCGAGCCCAAUCCCUCGCCCAUAACCGACCCCUUCACCCGCGAGAUUUGGUUUGCAAGUGAUAUCUGCGCAGCAACCUUGGCCUUCUACCAUAUGGCUCGAAUGGUUCUUCUCGCGAACUGCCCGGUGAACGUAUUCCGACAAACCCGGGACGGGAAUGACGUCCUUGGGACAUAUAAUAGUCUCCAGAAAGACCUCCGAAAGCACGCGAUGGAGAUCAUCCCAAUCAUGCAUGCGAUGCCCAGCGAAACAGUACAAAAGUACAUGCUGCAGCCACUUUAUGUUGCGGGCCGGUCUUUGACAGACAAUGAAGAGCGAAGGAGCCUACUGCACAUACUGCGGGACAUGGGAGAUGACUUUGGGCUUUUUACGGACUACCGAAUUGAAGACCUCUGCGAGGAGUGGGGAAUGCCAUAUAGUGGUAUCGACCGUCGGGAUGGGCAUGGUAUUUUAACAUAA